UCAGUCUCGUCAAUCAAAGAGUUUUCUUUUCCAAGAUGGGUAUUCAAUUGAUGGGGUUAGCUCAUGCCAAGCAAAGACUUCAGAGAACACUUUCAGCCAAAAUCAGAAUGGCAUCAAGCAAUAGUAGUAGCAAUGUUCCAAAAGGCCACAUCGCAAUUUAUGUUGGAGAAAGCUACAAGAAGAGAUUUGUGAUUCCCAUAUCAUACUUGAACCAUCCUCUAUUUCAGGAUCUACUAAACUUGGCCGAGGAAGAAUUCGGAUUCGAUCAUCCAAUGGGCGGUCUCACAAUUCCAUGUAGUGAACAUUACUUCAUCACUCUAACUUCAGCCUUGAAUUGUUCAUAAAUGGUGGCUUCAUCAUCAUCACAGUACAUUAUUCUUGCCAUAUGA